UGUGCGCGAGGAGCGAUGGCUGCGCUGAGCGGGGACGUGCUGGGGCUGGAGAGGGAUGUGGGGCGGGCAGUGGAGCUCCUGGAGCGGCUGCAGCGCAGUGGGGACCUGCCCCCCCAGAAGCUGCAGGCUCUGCAGAGGGUCCUACAGAGCAAGUUCUGCUGUGCCAUCCGUGAGGUCUAUGAGCAGCUCUAUGACACCCUGGACAUCACUGGGAGCCCCGAGAUCCGGGCCCAUGCCACAGCCAAGGCCACAGUCGCUGCCUUCGCAGCCAGCGAGGGUCACGCUCACCCGCGGCUGGUGGAGCUGCCCAAGACGGACGAGGGUUUGGGGUUCAACAUCAUGGGGGGCAAGGAGCAGAACUCCCCCAUCUACAUCUCCAGGGUCAUCCCGGGGGGGGUGGCCGAUAGACACGGGGGGCUCAAGAGGGGGGACCAGCUGCUCAGCGUCAAUGGGGUGAGCGUGGAGGGGGCUCAGCACGAGGCGGCUGUGGAGCUGCUCAAGGCAGCUCAGUCCUCGGUUCGGAUCUUGGUUCGUUUCACUCCUCGUGUCCUGGAGCUCAUGGAGGCGAGGUUCGAGAAGCUGCGCGGGGCCAGGCGGCGCCAGCACCACAGUGUCACGUCGCUGGAAUCGAGGGGCUAGGACCCCCCUGCACCCCACUGAGCCCCCACAACCCCCACCGUGUAUAUUCGGGUUAUUUAUGGGGCGCAGCCCCCCCUGUACAGUAUUUAUUGGCUCCUAUUUAAAGCAGCUUGACACGCGUCACACGUGUGUCAUA